AUGGCUCUCCCCUUUGUCAAGUCCCUUGAGGACUGUGGCGAUUAUGCAAAGACAAUUGAACCUUUCAUUCCUCAACUUUAUGCCCUCCCUCGACAGGUCCUCGACAACAUCGCCAGUGCAGAUGGCUUGAGGCAGCUGUAUGUUGACACGAACCCGCUCAUCUCGGGUUUUGCAAUUUCUCUUGCCCUUGGCUUCGUCUUUCUUGUUGUCUCAGAGAUCAACAGGAACUACUCCCAAGUUGACCGCAUGUGGAGUAUCCUGCCCAACCUUUACAUCGUCCAUCUUUCAGUUUGGGCGCGUCUUGCUGGUGUCCCUUCUUCCCGGGUUGAUCUGAUCUCUCUUGCUACGACUCUUUGGAGUUGUCGCUUGACCUAUAAUUACUGGCGUAAGGGUGGUUACAAUCGAGGAUCUGAAGAUUAUCGAUGGGCAAUUCUUCAGAAAUACGUACCUAAAUUCAUUUGGUUCCUAUUCAACGUCACAUUUAUCUCUUUUAUUCAGAGCGUUCUACUCUUCAGCUUCUCAUGCGUUCCCGCCUACGCCAUCUUGGUCUCGACCAAAUUUGAGCAGAACGUCACUCCCUCUGAUGUACUCUUCUUUCUCACAAUGGUCGGUCUGGUCUAUAGCGAGUGGGUUAGCGAUGGCCAACAAUGGGAUUUCCAUGCAGCCAAGCACAAGUACCAGGCUGAGGCCAAGGUCCCCAAGGACUUCAAGUAUACUCAGGCUGAUCUUGAUCGAGGCUUCAAUACCUCGGGGCUCUGGGCCUACAGCAGACAUCCCAACUUUGCUGCCGAGCAGCUGGUCUGGUUUGCGCUGUACCAGUGGAGUUGUUUUGCAACCAAGAACCUGUACAGCUACACAUUUGCCGGCUCUGCUGCUCUGAUCUUCCUCUUUCAGGGCUCCACUUGGCUCACCGAGCUCAUCACUGUUGGCAAGUACUCUGAGUACCAGAAGUACCAGAAGCAGGUUGGCAUGUUUUUGCCCAAGUCACUUUCACCGUACAAGACCCCUCUGCCCAAGAUCAUUCGCAGCAGUGAUUUUGCCAAGAAUGCGGAGGGAAAGAAGCAAGCUUAA